GGUGAUUCCUACAACACGGGCGGGCAGCAGCAGACGCCUGAACAGCUGAUCGCCGCGCAGGUCAACCACGGCCUGCCUCAGUGUGGCGAUAGUCCUGCCUGCUGAGGAGCUACAGGAUGGAGGCGCUCAUACCCAUCAUAAACAAACUGCAGGAUGUCUUCAACACCGUCGGGGCUGACUCCCUGCAGCUGCCGCAGAUCGUGGUGGUGGGCUCGCAGAGUGCUGGAAAAAGCAGUGUCCUCGAGAGCCUGGUGGGACGAUCCUUCUUACCCCGAGGCACCGGCAUUGUGACUCGCCGUCCCUUGGUGCUGCAGCUGGUCUACACUACCUCUGACGACAACCAGCACCGCUCAGCAGAGGCAGGAACUCUAGAUUUGGAUGAAUGGGCUCAGUUUCUCCACAUAAAGGACAAAGUCUUUACAGACUUUACUGAGGUCAGAAAGGAAAUUGAACGUGAAACAAGACGAAUUGCAGGAGACAACAAAGGAAUAUGCAGUGAACCAAUACGUCUCAAGAUAUAUUCUGAUAAAGUUGUUAAUUUAACUGUUGUUGAUCUACCAGGAUUAACAAAGGUACCAGUUGGGGACCAACCAGAGGACAUAGAAAUUCAAAUCCGUGACCUCCUUCUGUAUUAUAUCAGCAACCCAAACUCCAUCAUUCUGGCAGUGUCCUCUGCCAACAUGGACAUGGCAACCUCAGAGAGUCUUAAAAUGGCCAAGGAAGUUGAUCCAGAUGGGCGUCGAACACUGGCAGUCAUCACCAAACUGGACCUAAUGGAUGCAGGGACUGAUGCCAUUGAUAUCCUCUGUGGCAGAGUUAUUCCUGUAAAGCUAGGAAUAAUUGGUGUGGUAAACAGAUCUCAGCAAGACAUAAUUGACAGCAAAUCCAUAAAAGAAGCACUGGCUGAUGAAGCUGCUUUUUUACAACGAAGGUACCCAACUCUGGCCAACCGCAAUGGCACUCCCUACCUGGCCAAGACUCUGAACAGACUCCUGAUGCACCACAUUCGAGACUGCCUUCCUGAACUCAAGACUCGAGUGACCAUGAUGAUGUCACAAUUUCAAACACUCCUCAAUAGCUAUGGUGAUGAUGUCCAAGACAAGGCUCAAACUCUUCUCCAGAUCAUUACCAAGUUCAAUGCUGCCUACUGCCAGACCAUUGAAGGCACUGCCAGAAAUAUUGAAACCACAGAACUGUGUGGGGGUGCUCGAAUCUGCUAUAUUUUCCAUGAAACAUUUGGUCGUACCCUGGACUGCAUCCACCCACUUGCUGGCUUGACACAGAUGGACAUUCUCACUGCAAUACGAAAUGCCACAGGACCGAGGCCAGCCUUGUUUGUACCAGAGGUUUCCUUUGAGCUGCUGGUGAAGAGACAGAUUCGCAGGCUGGAGGACCCUUCCCUCCGCUGUGUUGAGUUGGUCCACGAGGAAAUGCAGAGAAUCAUCCAGUUUUGUGGAACUGAGGUUCAGCAGGAGAUGCUUCGCUUUCCCAAACUGCAUGAAAAAAUUGUUGAUGUUGUAACUCAACUUCUGAGAAGACGCUUGCCUCCCACCAAUUCCAUGGUUGAAAAUUUGGUGGCCAUUGAGUUGGCCUACAUCAACACCAAGCACCCAGACUUUCAAAGCAACACCUCACUAGUGUCAACGUUCUUGGGAGAAGAGGAGAAGACCCGCAGUAUUCCAGUAAGGCGCAGUCACGGCAAUGCACCUUCCACAUAUGAGCAAGAGAUGAGAGAGCAGCCCAAGGCUCAGAGUUUGCAAAGCCUGCAUCAAGCUCUGCCCCGACCAAUAACUUUGGAGAGUCAACCAUCGCAACCUAUAAGCAAGGAUCAAGCCAACAACCAAAACUGGUUUUCCUCACUGAUAGCCGGACCUCGAGCAGAGCUCACAGGCCCCAGCAAAGAACAGUCUCGCGAGGGCUCUCCCAACAUGACUCCUACUCAUCAGCUUUUGGCUGUGUCAGCAUUUGAGGCUUUCACUAAUCCAUCUGAAAUCAUAGAGGUGGAGAAGUUGCCCCAGCUACCCCCACCACCAGCUGAGGGUGGCAUCCUGUCCCCACAGAAGCCGGUUAACCUGCUUCCGGAGGUCCCGAUGCAGCAGACACGCAAGCUCACUGAGAGGGAGACCAAAGAUUGUGAAGUGAUUGAGCGCCUCAUCAAAUCCUACUUCUACAUCGUACGAAAGAGCAUUCAAGAUAAGGUGCCCAAAGCAGUGAUGCAUUUUUUGGUGAAUCAUGUGAAAGACAACCUCCAGUCAGAACUUGUGAAGCACCUCUACCGCACUGAUGAAAUCGACACCUUCCUCUCAGAGUCACCAGAGAUUGCACAACGCAGGAAGGAAGCAGCAGAGAUGCUCAAGGCACUCCAGAAUGCAAAUGUCAUCAUUGGAGAAAUUCGAGAAACCCACAUGUGGUAGAGCAGCGCCCUGCCAUGCACCCAGAUCAGCCUUGUUCGCUGUCAAGCAUUCUUAUGUUGCACAGAUGUAUACACAACACUCCAAUAUUUGAAUGUUAAUUAAUGUUGUCUUUGACUUUUAUUUAUUUUAUUCAUGUAUAUUUUUCACUCUUAACUGGAGAGUAUUUUAUAUUAUGAGUUUAAGGAUUUCCUGUUUUACCCAGUUCAUAAAUAAAUAUAGACACAUCUUUUCAGAACUUGUUUAUGUAUUGAUAUUUUAUUUAACUAUAUGUAUAUUUCAGUUUUAUUCAUGUCUAGACAUACAAAAGUAUUAAGGGCUUUCAUGCAUGUAAAGCUCAGAUGAUUAAUCAAUAUCGUGCCAUAAAAUUAUUGCGUUUGGCUCUGUUCAUGUCAUGAUCCCUAACACAGAAUUGCAAAUUUUUAAGUUUUACUCAUCCCAUUAGACCUUAGAUAUAUAGAGUUGAUGAUCAUUAGUGAACAAAACUGUAAAUGUCUACAGAGCUACUACUUAAAACAUUUAUGUGUAGGUCACAUACCUUGUACUUUGAUUCAAAUGUUUGUGGUACAUGUUGGACAUAUUUUUAUGCACUUCUGUUUUUGUCUUUAGAAUUGUACAUAAUAAGCUAUUUUGUUAAUUGUUAAUAUAUGUAAAUGCUAAAAAAAAAAGAUAAAACUCACCAUCAGGAGUCAGAUGUCACGCUUAACAACACCCUGAAGGAUUGGUAUGGAAAGUCUGAUGGAAACUUUCUUACUUCAGUUUUCCAAAGGUCAAAAUAUUACAUGGCCAAAAAUGACUUCAAUGACUGCAGAUAACUGUAAAGAGUAAAGAAGCCCAGCAAUUUGUCAGCCAUUCCUGGAUUCACUGACAUGCCAGAAGCAUUUGUUGAUUUUAAUAUAAAAUGCUAAUUUUGUGGCCUGUAUCAAUUGCUUUCUACUACCAUAAAAGUGCACAAUAAGGGCCAUAUUAUUUCUCGAUACAGAAAAAUCAAUCAUAAGUUAUAGGUCACCCCAUAAAAAUGUGUUCAGUAAUCUUUCUUUACAUAUGCCAGAACACAGUAAACCAUGCUUGAUUAGACUUCAUAUCUAGUGAUAGCAUACACAGGGAUCUUCAACAGCUGAGUCACUAGACUCAUCCAGUCCUUUGAACUAAAUUGACAGCACUGGCAAAAUUAAUGGGACAUUUUUAGGACAUCCAGACAUUCAAAGCUUAUGGCAAACUCAGGUGGCUCUCACAAUACACUUAUGUAAGCAUGGACUAAAUAAUUUAUUUUAAAAAGCAAUAACAGCGAAGGAAAAAAGUCAUUAACUGAGCCUCACCAAGUGUACUUUAGGCUCUUGAUUAUAUGGAGUUGGUGCCAUGUUUAUUUAUGGAAAGAUCCCAAGCUUGAACUAGUUUAUAUAUAUUAGCUUGCUAAAACUUAUGCCAGGCUUAAACCAAGACUAAAAGGUUUGGUGCUGCAAAAAUACUGUGUCAAACUAAUGCCAAUUAUUCUUGAAGACUUCAUGAAAGUUAUUGCCAAGAAAAGGUUUUCCUCUUAAAUAUGUCAAAGCCAUUCAUUUCUUUUCCAAAACCCACCUUUGGAAAAAAAAAAAAAUUAAAGUACUACUAUCAUACUCCCAGUCUAAACUUAGGACAUUUAGCAGCCAUCCAUUCAUGCUGCCCUUUUUCACACCUGAAUUUGCAAUGGCAUGACUCGGUCUAGGAGCAGGAGCACGCAUGUAUACCGCUAAACCACUCAAGAAGUAUACUCACCAAAAUGGUAUGGGUUACUCCUUUCCUCACCUUAUGCGUCUUGUUUUCCAAUUAUGUUCAUGUUAUAUAUCUGACAGUAUGAAUUGUUUAGGGCUGUAGAAAUACCAAUAUUUUUACUAAUACUGAUACCUUAAACCAAUACUUCAACUUUGCCGAUACUGACACCAUUUCUGAUACUUAUUAAAGAACCUGUUGUGAUACCAAUAUCAAUGAUCAUCACUACCACCAAGUUAUUAACCCAUUCCACCAGGUGACAGGAAUUCUCAAACCAUCUAGGAACCCUGGGUGGCAGGAAUUUCCAGAUGCAGAUGCAGCUUUGUGCCAAAAACUUCCAUCACAUACUGUGUGCAAUAUUUCAAAGAGGAAUGCAAAGUAAAUGGAAAGUCCUCCAUUGCCACUGGCCACAAAAUGAACAUUCAUUAUUGAAAUCAGGAGAAGAGUGACAAACCUUUGAAGUAAUCUAACACAUGUGAGUGCACUUCGACUUUAUACUCACCCUUUUACUGAAGUAAAUAGAACUGAGGGCAGCACUAGUCAGGUGAUUUGUCUUUUUACCAUAAAAAAAAUAAUGCUGAUAUUUGUAUGCACAAUUAUAGUAAUCUUUAUGAGUCCAUCUAAUCCCUGACUUAUUUCUUUUAGCUAGUAAAUUGCAUACCUUAUGCUAUAUAUGGGGUCAAGCUCUCUGAUCAGUGUGAAUGAAGAUUCAAAGGUUAAUUCUUUGAUAUUUUCAAAGUUAAAACUUAACACAUAAAAAAAAUAUGCCAGUUGCUGUUCCUUUUGGUGACAGCAGUGGCUUCGAAGUAUGCAAAGUUACCGGUGCUCAGGGUUGAUUGUUCCACUGCACUAUGAACAGUAAUGAAACAAGUAAAUAUGGAAAUAGUUACAAGUUAAAUUUUCCUUUUUUAAAUGCUUCAUUUGGUGCAUGAAGCAAUCUAAUGUACAUAAUAAAAACUUUAUUUCAUAAA